CAACGUCCAAACAAGUUUAUUUUUUCUUCUUCUCAAACAUAUAGAAGGAUGUCUUUAAUUACCGAACUUGAGCACAUUUUGAUUGCUAUUAUUGUCUUAAAUUUAGUUUCUUCAGUUGUUAUUGUUGCUUUGUCCUAUUAUCUUUACAAGAAGAUUUGUGAAGCAAAGGCACCAUUAGAACAAAUAGCCAAAUGUUUGCAUUCAAGUAUUUUGCCGUUCUACUUUGCUUAUACUCCAAUUGUUGUAUAUGUUGUUAUUGCAUUCCAAUAUGGCCACAAACUUGAUGAAGUCUGUUUUUCUUUUAAUUUUACGUAA